AUGUAUGUGAGAUUAUUGGCCGCAAAGUCAAAUUGGAAUGUUCCUAAUCCGUGCUUGGAAUACUUUGCAAAAAUGAUGUUGCAUGCGACUCCUAUGAAAGACAACUUGCCUACAAGUUAUUAUAAGACAAAUGGGUUGGUGUCAAAGUUGGGUUUAGAAGUACGACAGAUUGAUUGUUGCAUAAAUGGAUGCAUGUUGUUUUAUGAAAAUGAGUUUCGUAUUAAUGAUGAGGCGCUGGAGAAAUAUAAGUUCUGUAAGAGUCCAAGAUAUCAAGUUCGUAGUAAAGCCAUUAAUCAUAAACAAAAACGUGCAUGA